UAGUUAUGCCCCCUGCUGCAGUCCUUGAAUCAGGGCCCAUUCAAAUGGGUCGCACUUUUUAUUUUUUCUUCAUCGUCGUCGUCCCUCACUUUUUUAACGCCUCCACCACCAUCAAAGACGCCCUGUCGAGGACAGAUUUAACCUCGAGCCUUGUCGGGAUCCUAUGUAGUAGUACCCUUUUUCUUUCUUUCCUUGCCUCUUUCUUCCGUUCUCUCCUUGACGUGUCUGUUUGGCCUUUGAAAAGGGGAAAAGAAAAGAAGAUGAAAUUGGAAUGGUGCCGGAUCCCACAUUCAUAGAGCGUGAGUCGUCGGCCAGCGUCGUCUUAGCAAAACUUUCAGUUAAUCGAAUGGACUGACGACGACGAGUUCCCUUGCUAGAAGACGUCGGCACGGAGAAGAGACUCGACGACGUCGUGAGUCUCUGCGAUUAGUGGCCGUCCGACUUCUUAUUCUUCUCUCUCUAGAGAGAGAUUUGCCCAUUGCGUGUGUGUGUGUGUGUGUGUUUUCGUCUGUUACGUAUCUAUAUUGCUCCUUCGGUCGGAUGAUGACGGACUAAAUGACUAUUGAGGCGGCCAAAAUGGAGCGCGAUUGGUCUUGGAGUGUGGCGUGUUUUGGUCAACAGAAAGACUAUAUGGAUCUCCCUCCCCGUAGUUGGGGCGAAAAGGAAGCGCAGCAGCAGCAAGGGGAGGAGCCGGAAUUGUGGACCAGCGGCGGUUAUCAACCGGCCGUUGACUGCUGGUCGGCCAACAGUUGUGAAAAAUUGCUCUCCAGCAGUCGAACUCGAUUGGUGGGGGAGUCGACCGCCACCGACGUCAUUUCGAACGGACAAGGAGAUUCUUGGGGUCUCCGUCGCCGAAGUCGAAGUAGUAGCAACAGCAGACAACAUCAAGUUGUCACUGAUUAUAUUCCUGCUCCCAAAAACUUGACCAAUUCUCCCAAUUCGUCGGUCCAAUUCCCACCUUUCUCACCGCCAACAAGUUCUUUCCACCACGAAUCUAGCCCGUCUCCUUCUUUGCGACGGUGGAAACAGUUGAAAUACGCCGGACGCAAUUGGCGGAGUUGGCGACGCCUCUACAGCAGUAUUGAGGAAUUGCGCACGCUCCCGUCAGCAGCAGCAGUCCCGUUCCAUCAGCGCAGAAUGAGCGUCAGCAUGACCAAAGAGCAGCAACAACUGCACCAACAACAACAGCACCACCAGCAUGGCAACGAAUGGAGUCCGCUCCAGGUGGCCAGCAGCACACGGCUUGGGCUAGCACCACAGAUGGCCCGGCCGCUCCUCAUCCAAAGCCACCACCACAUCGGCGGUGGCAACAGUAGUACUAGUAGUAGUCACAGUGAUAUUCGGCCUCUGCUGAAACAGCAAAUGUUGCCACCCGAACUGCCGCUGAGAAGGGGCGGAUCGGUCGACCGGGUUCUCUUGCCCACGGAAAAUUACAACACUAACACAACCAAAUCAUCUAAUAGCGAAAGCGGAAGUUUAUUCAAUCCCAUUAACAGCGUUCUCACUUUCAAAGUGUUUGGACCCAAUCCCACCCAAGUGGUAAACAUGGUAAAAUGUUUGGAAUCAUCCACUGUCGAGGAAGCCAUAGCUCAAGUGACGGAACGAUUAUCGGCCGGUCCUCGUGCCUAUCAGGCCCUUUAUGGCUUUAGAAUAGUUGAAUCGAGCAAUCCAAAGGGCCCCCAUUAUUGGUUAGACAACACCUCGACACUCUCACAAGUGCAAGAGCGUUUCGCAUUAGAAAUGGUUGGAGCAUCUGACAGCAAGUGGCGAGUCGAAUUGCGAAUCCGUUGCGUGCCAAAAAAUUUGCACGAACUUUACGAGAAAGACAAGUUCACAUUUCUAUUUUACUACGAUCAAACUCGUUUUGACUAUUUGAGCCACGGAUCUCUGACAGUCGACCCGGACCUUGCCGUGCAUUUAUGCUGCCUGGAGAUUCGACGAGUCUUCAAGGACGUGUCCCCUUCGACGCUGGAAAAAAAGUCCAAUUUGGAAUACUUAGAAAAAGAAUUCGGGUUGCGCAGUCUCUUGCCAGAGUGCGUCAUUGCCAACGUCAAAUCCAAAAAUCUGAAGAAGAUGAUCCAACAGCAAUCGAAAAAGUGUGUCCCGUUAGGUGAAGCAGCCUGCAUGUUCAAAUUUCUCGAACUCCUUCGCACAGUUUACCGAUACGAUCGAGAAAAGUUUCAGUGCGAUUUAGGGACGGGUUGGUCCAUUCCAGUUGAACUCAUUAUCGGUCCGGAUGUUGGCAUCUCCUACACGGCUAGUCAAGCGGGCAGUCAGUUGAUUUUAGUGGCAGAUUUCAGUCACGUGUCCCAGGUGGAGACCCUAAUGUCUGCCGACUGUGAGAGCCACAAUAAUGUACAGCGCAUUGUUGGUGGGGUCAGCAGUAACAAGGCCGUCGUGCAAAUCAAAGUUGCCGGCUCGCAGGAGCCUUUGCUCAUUACUUGCAGUUCAAUCGAGAUGGCAGAAAACAUUGCCGAUCUAGUGGACCGUUAUUGCCGUUUGGUCAACGGCACCAAUCUCUCGUUGUGGAACAAACGAGCUUCUCAAAUGACUUAUUACGGAUGCCCGUGCUAUCACGAUCUAGUCAAUCGUUCGCGACCGGGAUCGCGUGUCAGUACGACCAAUUCUAGGAGUACCAGCAGAAAUGGUAGUCCGGCUCCAAUGGGACCUGGGCAUCGAAGUCGUGUGGGCGGCGAACCAAGCAAUGAUACACGCGACUACGCUGAAUUGUUCGAUGAAGACGGCGACUAUUCCACUCCUUCUGUGCCUAAUUACGAGUUGCCGCGAAAUUUGAUCGAAUUGCAAGAAAUCGUUGGAUUCGGUCACUUUGGUGACGUCCACCGAGGAAUUUUUCGCAACGGCAGUGGUGAACCGACAAUGGUAGCUGUCAAAACGUGCAAAGAUCAGACUAUGGCCGACAAGUUCCUUGAAGAAGCAUACAUCAUGCAGCAAUUUGACCAUCCAAACAUCAUCCGUCUAGUUGGAGUAUGUUCUCAGGCGCCAGUAUGGAUCGUCAUGGAAUUGGCAAAAUACGGUGAAAUGAGGGCAUAUUUGCAGAAAAAUCAAGCCCGACUAGAGCUAGAUUUGGCCACUCUUGUAUUAUUCGCGUACCAACUCAGUACGGCACUCUCGUACCUUGAAUCAAAAAAAUUCGUUCACAGAGAUAUAGCAGCUCGAAAUAUUUUGGUAUCUGCCGAUGAUUGUGUGAAAUUAGCCGAUUUUGGUUUGAGCCGUUGGGUGGAAGAGUCGUGCUAUUACAAGGCAUCAAAAGGAGUGCUGCCAAUCAAGUGGAUGGCUCCCGAGUCCAUCAACUAUCGGCGUUUCACCACGGCCAGUGAUGUUUGGAUGUUUGGUGUUUGCAUGUGGGAGAUCUUUAUGCUCGGAAUCAAACCAUUCCAAGGGAUCAAAAAUAGUGAUGUCAUUGGUCGGAUAGAGAGUGGCGAACGGCUCCCCCUUCCAAUUAUCUGUCCCCCCAACCUUUACAGUUUGAUGCUCCAAUGUUGGUCAAACGAGCCUUCCAAGCGUCCUUGCUUCCGUGAAAUCAAAGAGACCCUAUAUGAAAUUCUGAUGGAAGAGCGAAGGGAACGUGACGAAACAAUGUCUCGAGAGAAUCGUCGAGUGGCUGCUAUUUCGUGGAGUUCGACCGGUUCCGCGGGUAAUGGAGAAGACCUUCCUCCACCCAAACCUUCUCGGGUACCGGCCACUUACGUCGGCAUUGGUGGAGGUGCCGGCAAGUCCGUACCUUCUGCAUCCUCGGAGCAAUCGCUUUCUGGACCAACGACGUACCUAGUGGCUCCCAACAGCGAAGUGUUGGCGCAGCUGAUGCGCGACAAUGAGACCCGCGCCGACGCCGGACAUUACACCGCACCUGCCUCAGCCUUCAAUACGUUCACGGUAGAGUUUAGCCACACAAGUUCGUCCAAUUCCAAUCCCGCUUCCCCACAACAUAAAUCCAAGACAAAGGGUCGCAAGAAUCAACCAGUUUACGCCAACAUCAUGAUGGCCGACGCAACACCACCAUCAGCAGCAAUAGCAGCCGCAGCGGUAGCAACCAAUCCAGCUCCAUACAAAGAUGAACCAAACGAACCAUCUCGCGAGCACAUGGAGCAAGAAAGACGAAUGCUCGAGUGGAAGUUGCGCCAACAGCAACGGCAGUCGGAAGAGGAUAGUCGCUGGUUGGCCGAAGAAGAGAGCCAUUUGCAGAGAAAGAGGUUGUCUGUUGCUGCCAGUUCGUCCGACCGAUCCGACACGGAUUCGAUGGACGGAGCGAAUGCGUGUCAAAAAGACAGAUCAACACCUCUCCAGGGCAAUCCGUUGGAUGACCGGUCUGUGGUAGUGAAGAAACUGGAGCCUACACCGACUGCCCGUCUGGACCGAACACAUGACAAAGUGUACGACGCCACUACAUCAGUUGUUAGGGCCGUCAUGUUGCUCUCCCAGGGCGUUCAACAAGCCAAAAUUGAAAACUACGUUGACCUUGUAAAAAAGGUCGGUUUGGAACUGCGGACCCUUUUGACUAGCGUCGAUCAGCUGGUUCCUCAUUUUCCUCCCAGUACUCAUCGAGAAGUUGAAAUGGCACACAAAGUGCUCAGCAAAGAUAUGGCUGAACUGGUCAGUGCACUCAAAUUGGCCGAAAGGUACAGCAACACCACGUUGGACAACGAGUACCGCAAGGGAAUGCUGUCUGCAGCCCACAUUUUGGCUAUGAACGCCAAAAAUCUUUUAGACGUGGUAGAUCAUGUACGCAUCAAACAUCCCCACGUCAACGUAUAUUUUAGUAGUUCCAAUCGAUCGCAGGACUCGUCUGCUGGCUGUUCUACUGCGGAUAACACUUCCUAUCAAAUCAGCUCCUCGUAAGAGUACGUCCUCACGCAUUUUUGAAAAAAAAAAGAAAACAUCCUUAAUUUUCUCUCUCUAUCGCUUCCUAUUAUGACGAUUAUUAUUAUUAUUCGUCGGCUGUGUGUCGCGUAUCCCGAAAUUCCAAGUUGAAAUUAUAUGAAAAACAAAAUAACUCGACUCGGUUCGCGCGACUGUGUGUAGUAAUGUUUGCUGGUGCAUCAGCUCAUAGUGUAUCACGAGCCUAUGCCAAUCACACACACAGACAGCAGUUUUUGUCAUAUAAGUAGUUGUGUGUUGCGUCCAUUCUACAGAUCCCCUUACUAGUCCUGACUUUUGUUUCCUUUUUCAAUGAAAAUGUCGGUUCCAUCGCGUCAAUCCUAAUUCAACUAUUAAUUGUUCAACGUGGACGUUGAAUGAGGCACAGUUAUAUGUAAAGAUAUAACCGGUCAUAGUAUUAAAAAUCGUUUUCGAUCGGUUGUAUUCCUUUACGUUUUCCUGAAGCGCCGAUGACUGCUCUCUUCCUACUCCCACCUCCUAUUACAUUCUUGUCGAUUUUUUUUUGUUGUUUCUGUCACCCUAUACUACCACAAUUACAUUUCGAAAUAGAAAACGUUAGGUGAAACACCAAAUACAGUACCUUUCGCUGGCUGUUCAGCCGUCGAGGAGACUAGAAAAACACACUACAAAUUCAAAUUCUUCUACACCAAUUAUAACCGGUUAAGGAAAAAAAAAUAAGAAAAGAUUCGUGGAUGAAGAAACAACAAACUGUAAUAUGUUUAUUCACAUCAAUUUUGUAAUUGUCUGUAUCAUCUUGUCUUUCACCGUUCUGCUACGCAUUGAUUUAAUACAUGACGUCUUGAAAGCUGAAAA